ACUGCAGCACCGGCCAGCAUAUCACAUAUCGCAGCAGUGAUAUUCGACGUCUGAUCGUUUACCGAGUGGAAGGCCGCCGGUCCGAUAAUAUUAUAUCCGUCGCAGUACCGCGGGCAUUACGCGUUAGCGCGACGAUGCAUUUUUUAUAGAUUGUUCCGACCAAACUGCAGCAGUGUUCUUCCGUUCCAUUCCGGAUUUGGUCAUUGAUUAAACAAGUAGUUCAUCGUUCUGACAUGACGUCGUCGUUGCCUUACGCACAAUUUGAAAACGAAAACUAUUCUGAUGAACAAUUGGAUCUCCCUACGACUUCGAGGGAUAUUAAAGUUUAUCAUAUUGAUGGCACGUAUGAAACAGUUUCAGUUACCCAAAGCACAACAUCCGAACAAGUAUGCUCUCAAAUAGGCAAAAAAGUUUUUAUCCAAUAUUAUGGCUGGUCAAUUGUGGAAGUUUGGAAGGACGAAGGGAUAGAGAGAACAUUAGAAAAUCAUGAAUCUGUGUUAACAUGUUACCGUAGAAUGGAGCAUGAGAAUAACAGAAUUUUGGUGCUCCAACUAAACAACAAAAUGUUUCACAUGUUCAAGAACCCAGAAGAAUUCUCUCUCUACAGAACACUGGAUAUUGGUAAAAAAAAAGAGGCCCAACUUAUUCAGAAAGUCCUCAAUGGGGACACCUGUCCGCUACAUUUUGGUCAAGUAUGGGUAUAUGAUUGUAAUAAAACAAAGCCCUUCUGGGAUAUCACAGUUUUGUUGCUCAAGGAUAAAAAUCUUUAUCUCUCAUCAAAUCACAAAAGCAUAAUACCAUACAUUAGGAAAUUCGGGAUUAACUACUUACACAACUUUAUCAUGUCUAUAACACGAGAUAAAUGUGAAGUAGAAGUCUGGGCUUACCUUGGUGACUUCAGAAUAUUCACCACCAAUAAGAGGGUAGCAGGCGCCCCUACAAGUCACUGCCUAUGUUUGGUGCCUGCUAGUGGCAUAAAGCAGUACAUUGCGUGCACUUCCAAUAAAACGCAAUCUUAUUGGAUGUGCGCUAUGAGAUUGUCGAAAUAUGGAAAGCAAUUAAGAGACAACUACAGAUCAUUUGUGAAAAAGCACAACGAUGCUAAUGAAUAUGAAUACAAUAAGAAGCCUUUGCCCAAUGAGAGCGUACGGUCUCACGUAGCUAUGGACUUUUCUGGAAAUGUUGGUCGUAUUGUAGAAGAUCCUAAAGAAGCGCUUGCCAUUGCUCAAGCGGAGCCUGGUAGUGUGCGGCGAAGUUGGCGAUCCAGUGGUCGAUCUACUCCUGGUCUUCAAACAGCUGUCACAAAGCUUGAAAAUGAUAUUCACUUAUCUCAGCCAUGGUAUCAUAAAAACAUGAGCCGUGAUCAAGCUGCCAAUGUCCUUAAUGGACUUGGGAACAAAGAUGGGGUGUUUUUAAUAAGAGAGAGCAAAAGUAAAUGCGGAUCAUAUGUACUAACAUUCAAAUGUGGUGGUAAAAUUAUCCAUACACCUAUUAUAGCGCAAAUGGAUCCACUGAACGAUCAAGUUUGUUUUACGCUAGACAACGGUGUGAUCAAGUUUUAUGACCUUUUACAACUAGUAGAGUUUUAUCAAUUAAAUGCAGGUAGUCUGCCUACCCGACUGAUGCAUUAUGUUGUCCAAGUACCAGUCACCAAAUGAAAUUUGCAUUAAUACAAUGCACAGACAACAUACACAGUUCCUGUUGACACAAAAUAUUCUCAUCCAAAAGGUGUGUGACCUAUAAAAUAAUGACACAAUUCUACAGGUAAAAUACCUAUGGUUUAGGUAUUUUUAUUAUCUCGACCAUCAAAUUACUAAUUAUUUAUCUUUUUCUUUUUUCUCUUUUUUCUUUUUCCAACGUACCAUAACGUUAUUGUAAAAAAUUUGACUGAAUCGUUAAAACAUCUACCGUUUGCACUUUUCGGACUCAAAAUUUUUAUAUUUCUGUGUUACAAUUAGUUAUUAACGUGUAAUCCUAAUGGAUAAAAUAAUUUUGCGCGAUCAGUUCCUAGAUUAACUAGUUCGUAACAUUCAAUCAAGCACCUUUAGGACUUAAAAUUUAAUUGUAAUAUUAGAGAGAAUAAUAAUAAUAAUAAUAAUAAUAAAAAAUCAUUAAUAAUUAUUGUCAUUUAAAAUAAUAUAAUAUUUAUAUUGUGAUAAUUUUUGUCUUGCAUUUAAGCGUGACAGACCAAAUAUUUAGCAAGUAAGCAUACCUAAUAAUAAAUGGAAAUAACAUAUUAUAUUUAACUUAUUUAACAUGGUAUUCAGUAGUCAAUGUAAAAGCAAUAAUAAUUGUUAUUAUGAAAUUUUUAAGAUCCUUUAAAAAACAAAAAAAAAUUGAAAAGUAGUUUAUGACAUAUAUUAUGUGUGUGUAUUUAUAUAUAUAAUAUAUAUUAUGUUUAUAUGUAUCGAUUGAUAGAGUGGACUAUGUUAUUUUUCUCAAUAGCUCAUUUAGCUAACACGAGAAAAUGGAAAAACACUAUGAUCCACUCUAAUACUUUAUGCAUGUUAGUAAAGCAAACAGUAUCUACAUUCUAUAAUAUAGCAUAUCAAAAAGAAUACACUAUACAGCUCUUGAAAUAGUAAUAAUUCAUAUUACCUCUAUAAUACUAUUUUAAUCAUAUCUGUAUGUCACACUAUUGUUUAACCAUUUAAUAGUUUUUAAAAUAACUCAUUUUAUUUUUUCAUGUAUUCUUAUCAUUAUUUUUGUAAAACAUUUUGAGACGUGCAUGGUAUGGUUGGUAGAUAACUUUUAACACCUACUGGUUAACUUUUUGAAUUGUACAAUAUCUGAAGAGUGAAGACUAAAGUCAACACAUUGUAUCCUGUUUUACUCACUGCUCAUAUUGUAACACUUUAAUAUCCAAUAUUAUAAUAUAUACCGUACAGAUAUGAUCUCAAAUUCUUCACUAAUGAUAAUAUACUAUUUUCCUUUCAAGAUGUGGAUUACCGUUAGGUAUUAUUAAAUAUUUAUUUGUUUGUUUUACAUUUAAGACACACACUUUAUCAUGAUAUAUAAUACUGUAAAAUAUGAAAGCUUUCAUACAAAUAUAUUUGAAUGUAUGUGUGUAUAAUACCUUUGUGCUGUUGUUGUAAUUAUUAGUUUACAAAAUUCCCAGUAUUGUAAUUAGACAUUUAUGCAAUGACUACUAAAAAAAAUUAAAAAAAAUUACAUAGGAACGGUAUAAUUGUACCUAAUUAAUUGUGAUGUACAAAUAAAUAUAGUUGUUAAUACAUACAUACAUGCAUACAUACAUACAUACAUACAUACAUACAUACAUACAUGCACAUAUUGUAUUUUAGUUCUAAAUUUCUACUCUUUACAUGUGACAUGUAUUAAUGUCAUGUGAGUGUUUGUUUUCAUGAAAUUGAGUAUAUAUUUAUGUAUUACAAGUAUAAAAAUAUAUACAUAUAUAUUAUAUCAAGCAAUCAAUAGGUGAUGACGUUAUUUAUAUUAUAAAAGUUGAUUCCAUACUCCUUUCAUGGUGAAAAAUAGUCAUGUAUAUGUGGAAACAAAUGUGAUAAGCGCAGUGCAAUUAAAUAAAUAAAUACACGCGGUAAAAAUAAUAUUCUUUUUCACAAUAAUUUUAACAUUUAGAAUAUAUAUAACAAUAAAAAAAAUUAUAUAUUAUUAUCAAGUCAAUGUUUAUGUGAUCAUUAAAGUACAAAAGACCCAAUUUAUUUUAAUUUAUUUUUUUCCCUGUAGAGUAUUACAACUAUUAUUUUAUUUUUAUUAAUUUCAAAAAAAAAAACUAUUUAUUUAAAAAAAAAAAAUGCGGAUUAUGGUAUGGUCGUGUUUUAUAUAUCGACAUUUUGUGUUCCUACGAAUUGUUAUUAUGAAAAAAAAAUUGUGUAAUUAUAUUGUAUGAUUAUUAUAAUUUUUAAUUUAUUAAUUUUUGCAAUAUCUUACGUUCAAUGAUGUACCAUGUAUUGUAAUUCGAUAAUGUUUAGUUGAUAAGUAUUAUUUGAAAAGAAAUUAUAUUAUUGUAUUAUUUGUAUUUUGAUGGAACUCUGCUCCCUCCCUUCCAAUAGUUAAAUUUUAUAGACAAUCAAAUCCUAGGCAGUUUAAAAAUAAAACUUAUUAUAUUAUUUUUUUUCCAUA